AUGGAGACAAGUCAAACUUUAUCUAAAUGCACCUUGCACUCUUGUGCAGAAAUUAAAGAAGUGAGAAAGAGAAAGGAAAGAGCAAAAGAACUCGAAGGCCUUGAUAUGAGCAACAUUGUUUCAAGUGCACGCAGAAGGUCCACGGCGAGCUUUAUACCUCCUCCAAAACCCAAAGUUCCCGUUGAAAGUGAUGAGGAUGAUGUGGAAGAUACUGAUGAUGAUGAUGAUGAUGUUGGGGACGAUGAAGACAACGACAGUGAUGGUGAGGAUGACAACGAUGUUGAUGACAGUCAGGGUGGAGAGAGUAGUGCAGUUAUAAUUGCACAGGUGAAAACGUCUGCUGUGGUCUGUAGUGCUUCUGCCAUUUUGCAGUUCACUGUUUUCAUUUCCAUGUUUUAA